CACUUCUCUUCAAACAAGUGGGGGGCCUCUCACCUCCUCCCGGAUUACGCCUGAUUCCCUGCUACCUUUCGUUCACCCCCCUCCUCUCUCAAGUUCUGUAAAGUUCUUCCAAGGGCUCUUCAAAUGCUUUUCGACUCAAAGUUGAAGGUGUUCGCUUGGGUGUCAGUCUUGUUGUUGCUGCUGUUCUUAUUUUUCCUGUUCUUCUUGCCUUGAGCUUCGGCAUUGAUGUCCUAUUCAGUUUGGCCAGCUGACCGACCAAAGUACAGUGGCAAAGCGCCAAAUCCCAGACUCUUGCUUAUGCAACAUCGAAGCAUGUGGAUGCCGGAGUUUGACUUCCGUAUUUGUGUGGAUGCUUCACUUCUUGGAAGCUUUCAUGCAGUGCGUCAGAUUCGGUAGGCCGGCGAGACUGUGUCCUCUAUCCAGGCCCGUCUCCGACCCAGAACCUUUGUGUUCGAUUUCCAGCCUCCAAUGACAGGUAUGGCGAGACCUGACGGCAUGAAGAAGGAGCUUGAGGACCUCCGAGAGAUCAUCUCCUUCAUUCUGCACUCGGCCAACAGCCCACAUGACCAGGCCGUGGUUCGGAUUGCCUCCCCGGGCGGCAUGGUGGCAGAUUAUGGCUUGGCAGCGGCGCAGCUCCUGCGGCUGCGGUCUAAAGGGUUGAAAUUGACUGCAUGCGUUGACAAGGUUGCAGCUUCAGGUGGCUACAUGAUGGCCUGCGCAGCGGACACUGUUGUAGCCACACCUUUCUCCCUUGUAGGAUCAAUUGGAGUAUUGAUGGCCACGCCAAAUUUCUCCAAGAUUCUGAAAAGGAAUGACAUCGACUUCAUUCAGCUCACCGCGGGGAAGUGGAAGCGAACAGUGGGCCCCUUCUCGGAAGUCACUGACGAAGCCAGAGAAAAGGCACAAGAGGACAUCCGCAUCGUGCACGAAGCGUUCAAAGGCUUGGUCCAAGAGCAGCGUGGUGGCCUCAAUGUGGAUGAGGUGGCCACCGGCGAGGUGUUCCUUGGGGCAGAGGCCAAGUCCCGUGGCCUGGUGGAUCGCUUGGCCACCAGCGAUGAGGUCCUUGACGAGUUCAUGGGUGUGUCAGACGUCAUUCAGGUGUCCGUCGCAGCAAAGAAGAAGGGCGUGCGGGAAUUGCUGGAAGGCAGGCUGGAGGCUGCAGAAGUCGCAUGUGGUGCCUUUUGGCAGCGCCUCACUGGCUCUGGCUCGGUGGUCCUGGAAUCAUCUGACCCUAAGAUCCAGUGAGGUCAAAAAGCCAGGCCGAUCAGCCCUGUGGGGACAAUGCUGGGCCUCACUUGUGGUCAUUUUGUGCCAAUGUGCACGGGCUCAUCGUUUGGAGA